GGGAGGGUGGGUAGGCCUGGUCGUUAGCAGAGCGGUGCUGGUUGUUAGAAUGGCUGCGGCCGCUGCCGCCUCGCCGGCCGACAAGGAGAGAUUUAUCUGCAUUUAUCCAGCGUACUUGAACAACAAGAAGACAAUAGCAGAAGGAAGGAGGAUACCUAUAGACAAAGCUGUUGAAAAUCCCACAUCUACUGAAAUCCAAGAUGUGUGUGCAGCAGUUGGAUUCAAUGUGCUAUUAGAGAAAAAUAAGAUGUAUCCUAGAGAGUGGAAUCGUGAUGUGCAGUACAGGGGUAGAGUACGAAUUCAGCUCAAACAAGAUGAUGGCAAUCCAUGUUUACCUCAGUUUCCAACACGUAAAUCAGUGAUGCUGUAUGCUGCAGAAACCAUUCCCAAACUGAAAACAAGAACUCAAAAGAUGGGAGGUAGUGAUCAAAGUCUUCAACAAGGAGAGGGUGGCAAGAAAGGUAAAGGGAAGAAAAAGAAAUGACUCCACAUCUAAAAUAAGUGUAACGUCUAAUGGCUGUACUUGCAACAAAUACAGAUGGACACAUUACUUAAUGCAACUUUGAGGUGAAAGACAGAGGAACAAAAUAAACAGGUCAAGACAAAUAGAACUGCCUGCUUAUUUUAGAGCUGGAAUGUAUGUAACAAUAAAUCUAUCUUCACACACCCUGCAAGUCUGAAGCAACAUCCAGUUUGGAAGUGGAGCAACAUGAGCAAAUUGUGGACGGAAGAAUCAUUUUUUCCAAAAUGAAUAUGCAGCUUUUUAAAAAUAAUGAAAAGUCUUAUGCAGACUUAGAUAGGCAAACAGUUUUCAAGUUAGUUAACCAUUUAUCUGUGCUAGUUGACUGUCUUGACUCUGGAGGGUCUGUAUCACCAAUUAAAAAUGCAAAUCAGUGAAAUUAUGACUUUGUAAACUUCCCUUCCUAAUCAUCUUCCAUGAUUGUCAGUAUACUAAUAAAGGUGCAACAGUAAUUUUGAAA